GUCCCUCAUUGAUUCCAGAUUUGGCCUAUAGGUGGAGCUUCCUAGCGCAUUGAAUCAUUUGCUUCCAGACCGUUUCGGUUUGCAGAUUUACGAUUUCAACAAGUGUCGGUUUUCUAAUUAUUUAUUUUUAAAAAAUGCCGAAAUCUUUUAUGGUAAAAAAUUCCAAAAGAUGGAUUCCUUCGAGAGAGAGUCGAGAAAAAGAGGUGCGCACAGCCAUCGCCAUAGAAGAAGCCAAAGAACAAGAAGACAAAACAGAUACGGCGACACAUGACGAUACGAAAGGAUUGACCUUCCAUACCUUAUUUCGUCAUUACUUAACAACACUGGAAAGAAGAAAUCACCAGCUUGAUUACCGAACUUGUUCGGAAUUACUUCACUCGAUUCCAAAACAGUUGUUCCUAUUCGAAUCCGAUGGGCGAGUAUCUGACUACUGUAACUGCUUCCGGUGUCACCUUCUGACCCCAUUUCUUGACUUCCGUUCCCAGAAUUCCAUUUCUCAGCCUGUCUUGGAAACAGACGAUGAUUCGUCUCAGCCAUCUCCCUCUUGGACAGAGCGACAAAUGCUGUUGGAUUCCACUCUACAGGACAUGACUGAUUUCCACCGAGCGUUUCGGUGUCCAGAAUGCGGCAAGGCGUUCAAAAGAUCGUCUACCUUAAACACACACAUGUUGAUACACAGCGAUACUAGGCCAUAUCCGUGCCAGUAUUGCGGCAAAAGAUUUCACCAAAAGUCAGACAUGAAGAAGCACACCUUUAUCCACACAGGUGAAAAGCCCCACAAAUGUAACGUGUGUGGAAAGGCCUUUAGUCAGUCAUCCAACCUUAUCACACACAGCCGAAAACACACGGGAUUUAAGCCUUUCCGGUGCGACAGAUGUGGCCGAAAUUUCCAGAGAAAGGUCGAUCUCCGGCGGCACCUAGAAACCAACCACAAAACCGAGUGAAGUCAUCAUGAUUAACCAAAUCCUAAAUCACAGGGAUAUGUUUCCUGUUUAAUCCUGAAAUAAAUGCAACAUUUAUAAGAGAAACAGUUCAAUAGUUCACCAUAAUAUUUGGUCCAAGAUACAGAUGCUAGUCAGUGUAGCUAGAAAUUAUGAGUUAGCAAAAUGUACUGAUUUUCAAACAUUAUUUCUUCUAUUGGUGCAUUUUAUAUUUUUUUUUAGUCAUACAUGUACAUGUACACUAGUAGGUAGAUACCCUUUCCUAACGCCGAUUUUGAAAUCCAGGUUUUUGGAUGUUUGGGUUUUUUUUUGGUAUGUCUUUCUUCUGAUUUUUUUUAGUGUUAUAUACUAUAUAGAAGACAUCAUUACUUUUUCCAUUCGAUGAUUUUCGCUUCAAACUUAUAAAUAUUACGGUAUUUUGUGUUUAUUUUUAUUACACAGAGUAGGCAUUAACAAAAGGGCUUCAAACUCUUGAAAAUGGAAUGAACUAUGAAUAUUAUAAUUAGUCUAGCAAUAUCCCUGGGAGUUAAAUAUCAAAACGAAACGAUGCGAUCAGAGCGAUUGUGAAUCUUAUACAAAUAUUUAUUAGAAGAAGGAACAAUUCAUCAAGGAAGAAAUAGCACAAAAUCCUGAUUUAUUCAGAUUAACAAUAUCGUUGAAAAAUCCCCCAUGACUUCAAUACGAAACCCUUCCAGCAUGCUUUUAUGUGUAUAAAAAAUUGUCGGCUUCGAUCUAUUAAAAAAUUAAGGAAAAAUCAGAAAGCAGAUUUAAUUGCUAUUUAAAAAGACCUCCCCCGGGCUUAUUUAUUGGAGAUAUAGCUUUAAGGUAUUGGGCCCCCGACCCCUCCCCGCAGAACUCUUAUGCAAAUGCUUUGUCAAUAGAUAUCUGAAUUGUAAGCUAACCAGGUCCCGAUUUAUUCAUUUAUAACAACAUUUUGACACCCUGCGAGACGCCAGGGCCAACAGGGAUCUGAAUAAUUAAGCAUGACAAAUAUCCAUAAAAGCUAUAUGUAUUCAUUUUGCUUGCAAGCAUCCUUUGAGACAUUUUCUAUCUGAUUUCCAAAUUAAAUCUCUAUGUUCAGCGAUUUAUGGUUUUUAUUCCUUUUUUUCCUAGGGAAUUUAGUUUUCGUCAGAAAGAAAAUGGAAACAGAGAACACAACUGUAUAAUAGUUUAUUUAGUAUCGGGUCCAUCAGUACGCCAUGGUGUUAUGUCUACAUUUUUCAAUAUCCCUCGAACAUUGCCCUGAUACAUGUAGAAUAAAUAAAAUCUAAUUCAUUAUACUAUAUACAAACUAAAGGCAAAAAUUGUUAAUUCUUCAAUUCACAAUUUUUCCUUUCAAUGAUUAAGCGAUAAAAAAACAAGAAUUUAGGACAGUUACCCUUUCCUAUGUUUAUGAAGACGUUAUUCGUAUAC